CCGCAGGUGCUGAGCGAGCAUCAUGGCACCCCGAGCGCACCCCGACGGGGAGCACGUGGCGCAAGACCCGGCUCACUGCCCGGCUCUCGCCGAGAUAAGGAAACGCCUUGACCCAGAGCGGGGCGGCAAGGACGCUACUGCCAAGGACGAGGCCGCCGACUUCGAGGCCGCCGUGGACGCCACAGGCAGCGGCCUGUUCGGCUACGCGGUCCUCCUCACGGCCGGCCUCAUCUUCCUGACGUGCGGCCUGCAGAACGGCAUCAACGCCUACAUCCUGCCCGCGGCCCGCUGCGACUUCGACCUCACGUCGGCGCAGAUGGGCGCGCUCAACGCCUUCUUCCUCGCAGGCGGCAUGGUGAGCUCAUACGUGUGGGGCGUCCUAGGCGACGCCCUGGGCAGAAGGCCGGUCAUUGUGUUCGCCCUGCUGGCGGACGCGGCCGGCACCCUGUGCUCCACCCUCUCCCAAAGCUACGCCUCCUUCGCCUUCUUCCGCUUCCUGAGCGGCUUCCUCAUCGGCGGCCCCGCGUCCAUCACCUUCCUGUACAUGGGCGAGUUCGUGCCGGCCCGGGCGCGCGCCACCUACUCGCAGAUCGUGGGCGGCUUCUGGACGGUGUCGUGGAUCCUGCUGCCCGGGGUGGCGUGGCUGGUGCUGCCGCAGCCCUGGCAGCUGCGCGCGCUCGGCGUCACCUUCAACUCGUGGCGCGUCAUGCUCUCGCUCAUCACGGCCCCGACGCUGCUCUGCGCCUUCCUCGCCAUGCGCCUCCCGGAGACGCCCAAGUUCCUCAUCUCGCAGGGCCGGCUCAAGGAGGCCAUGGACGUGCUGCGCAACAUCUACGCCAUCAACACGGGCCGCGACGCGGACGACUAUCCGGUGCGGCGGCUGGCGCUGCCCGCCCAGGACGCCGCCGUGGACGUGGUGGAGCUGGACGCGGCCCCGGAGCUCAACUUCAAGUCGGUGCUCUCGGUGGCGCGCCGCAUGGCGAGCUCUUCAACCGCUUCGACACGCACUACAGCCUCCACCCCAACAAGACCAUGACGGUGUGCCAGCUGUCGCGGUCCUGGGCCGAGGAGCUCAAGGAGCUGGAGCUGCUCAAGGCGGACAACAUCAGCAGCAGCAGCGCUGUCGGGCCCGCCCUGCUGUUCGAGCCGGCGACCGCCGUGGACAUGGUGGCCGGCCCCAAGUGCAACGCUGCCGAGGCCGUCAAUGAGUCGGUCUUCAUCAAGACGCUCAUCAUCAGCGCGGUGUGCCUCGUCGCCAACGUGGUGACCGCCCCCUUCGCGACCAGGGUCGGCCGCCGCGCGCUGCCCUUCCUCCUGAACGUGGCGUCCGGGGUGCUGGCCGCGGGCAUCUACUUCGUCGACUCCACCACCGGGAACCUGGUGGUGGCCAGCCUCUUCCAGGCGCUCAUCGGCACGGCCAACACCGCCGUCAACUCCUUCAUGGUCGACAUCUUCCCCGCCAGAGUGAGUGCCCUCGGCGUGUGUUCCGCCCUCCUGGCCGGCCGGGUCGGCGCCGCGGUCAGCAACCUGGUGCUGGGCUCCCUCCUGGACAUCAGCUGCGAAGUGCCCAUCUUUCUCAUCUCGGGCACCGUCAUCCUCGGCGGGCUGCUGUGCGUCUUCGUACAGCCGGCCUGGACGGAUGGUGCGCCCGAGCCGGACCGCGGCGACCAUUCUCUCAGGUCCGCCUUUACGGUGGUCUCCGAGCUGGACGCGCAACCAAAGCAGUCUAAGGCCGCAGUCGACCUCCACGUCGGCGUCGAGGAGUCCUCCGCACUACCGGCGUAAUGAUAGACCUGCGUGACUUCCGACUCGCACUUAAACUAGGAACAAGCUCAACUGUGAUAAAAUGUGUUUAAGCAUAUGUGAAUGAAGUGAUACUCACCUUUACCUAUCCUAUUAAUUUAAAAUAAUUUAUGUUUUAUGAUAGUUUUGUUAUUUUCGGGGACGUGUUUUUUGAAGUAGUCCCCUCUGAUGACACAUAGGCGUUCUUCUGCGCAUUCUUGUAAUUACAUAGAACUGCUCACCUCGUUAUUUAAUUAUUGCAAUUCUUUGUGGGUUUCUGACUGUUCACUGUGUGGAUAUUAUUUAUUAUUUAAGACGAGAAUGCUACACCAAGAGUGACAACUUGAUUAAAGCUAAAACCACCGCAACUUUUUA